CCUUGUGCCCCUUGACCACCCCCUUGGUAGCUGGUCGUGCGUCAGAUCAGACUCUCAGCCCUUGUUCGACCUCAGGCCUUUGACAUCCUUUCAACCCGUCACUCCCUACUAUCAUACUAUCAUCAACCUUUCGUUCCUUCGACUCGACCCUCGACCACCACAACGACAAUCACGCUCUUUUCCUUUCCUCUUUCGUCGUCAGGACCCCGUCCAACUCGUCCCUAGUAUUUUCGGCACCGCCAACCUCUUUGACCUAGCUUCAGACCCUCCACGAUCAACAUCUCUACAGUCGGCGAUACCUUCUUUCAUAACACAUCAAAUACGUCGAUAUACCUCUAUCAGUAGACCCUCAUCAUCUAUCUUACUGUCAACAGCAACACCGAAUCAUCCCCUCAUCUCGAACAUGACGCUCGAAGGUCUGAACAAAUUCAGGUUGGGAUACGCUGCAGCAGAUCACACCGGCAAGAGGAACACUCCUCGACGCGAGAUCAACAAGCGUACCACUUGUACGCCCGCCCAGAUCUACCAAUCGCCCAAGGCCAACGAUGUCGUUCAAGCCAGCGACGAGGUGACGGCGAAAUGGGACAGCUCGUGCUUUGAUACCGAGUUUGUCGACAUCUACCUGUACAGCUACGCGUCCCUGGACCAGAGCACGUCGAGCGGGAUCGCGCAAGUGUUCAAAAAGGCCGCCAAUAGCGGAGGGAGCUACAAUCUAGGCAAACUCGAGCCGUCCUGGUGGAAUAAUACCGCCGACGCGAACCUCAACCUGGGGAUCGUCGAGGCGGAUACCCCUCAGUUCAUGCUCACUCCGGGUCCCAUCUUUUCCAUUCAUGCCACUCCGGAACAACUCGCCACCGCGACUUCUAAAGCUGCUGCGGUGACCCAGACCAAGACCGCCGCCGAUGGUUCCAUCACUACGACCACGGAUUCGGACGGUCUCUAUCAGACGGCCAAACUCGAAAAGCCUCCCGGUCUUUCCAAGGGGGCCAUCGCCGCUGCCAUCGUCGUCCCUAUCGUCGUCGUCGGGUUCUUUGUCGGACUGUACAUCAAGUUUGCCAGGAUGAAGGAGAGGGAGAAGCGAAAGAGGUGGUCCGAGCACGUCGAUCGACGAAUGUCGACCAUUUCUGGCGAUUGGAGUCGAGCUGGUGGAAGUGCCGCUGGUGGACCGGGUGGCGUGCGGUCGAGCAUGAUCAGCAAUGGUACCCGUGCGACCUCGGUCUACUUUAGCAACGGUGAUGCCAGGGGGUCCAUCUAUUCGGUCGCCAACGAGAACAACAUGGCCGGCGCCGGAGCUGGUGGCGGCAAACGCAUCCCCCGGGUCGGUGUCAACGGGAAUCCCUCUUCCGAGAUGCGUCAGAGUCAACUGCGUCAAUCCAUCUUCAACGCGUCUCAGAGCGACGUCCGACAAUCCCGAAUCUCGUUUGCCGACGACGUCCGCAAAUCCCGGGUCUCGUUCAGCGACGCCGGUUUGAGGCCGACCAAGUCGAACAUGUCGGGUUCCACCACCAACAACAACGGCGCGGGUCCACGACGGGCCAUCUCCCAGAUCGAUGGCGAACGUCAUUCGAUCGACAAUUCGAGAUUGGUCUCGGCCCGAAUUUCGCGCAAACUCGACGACGACAGGGACUUUGCCGUCUCGCCUACCCAGGCCGCUGGACCUUCGAAUAUCCCUGCUGUGCCUGCGUUGCCAGAAAAGAAGGCCGGGAUCUUUAGCGCACUGAGCAGUGCGGUCGGCUUGAAGGACAAGAAGGCUACGUCUGCGUACGGGGAUGACAAUCGGAGGGAUAUCGAACAGUAUGACGCCACUCGUCGAAGCGAGGAGGCCGUCAGGAACAUGGAGGACAAGAUGUUCCGUCGAUCUCAGAUGGAUUCGCAAUACUCGACCCAGGGUCAAGACGCAAAUGGUCGUCACUAUAACAACCGUCACGAGGGAGACGAUAAUUCGAUGGAGGACCUCGCCGUCGAGAGCGAUCCCGUGGUACCCAGUUCCUCACUCGGUGCACCGACGUCGACGGUCCGUGCUACUAGCCCUAUGGGGAUGGCCAUGGCACCUAACGGCAUGAACCCUGAUCAACUGCUAGCGGCCUAUGCUGCUGCGCGUGUGAAGUCCUCGACCGAGGCUGCCGAAGCGGCUGGUUCGAGCGGUGCAUCGCCUUCUCACCUUCAAGCCCCCGAGGACAACACGACUAGACAGAGUGUUCUCAGCGACGCUUCAGCUUACUCUAAUGCUGGACCGACGGACAGUGCUCGAAGGUAAACGGACGUCUUGCGAGUUCUGUUGUGCUUUUUAUUUCCUCGUGUUUUACUGUUGUUAGUUGUUCAAUGUCUCUUCUCAUCGCUAGUCGUCUGGGAUAACUCUUUUCCUCUGAAAGUGACUGUGUCAUAAUGUAACUCGGCUCGAAUCUCUCCACCUCUAGAUCUCUAGUAUCCUAGUAUGCGUAUGCCUGUUACCCUGACCGUCUGUGCGUUUAUCAAUCUAUCGAUCCGAGA